GGUCGAGGACUACAUGGAGCAGCAAAGAGAAUCGGAUCAGUGGGUGGAGGCCACCAUCUCAGACAGAUUAUAGAUUGCACGGAAGAUUAGAUAAAAUGUCGAGUGGCCUUGAUGCAUGGCUCGAGUCAGAACAAGUGCGACGGAGCCGCUGUCAGCUGCGCGCUAUUCACUACUGUCGGCCGUGCGCACCGUCUGCUUCGACGAGCCUCAUACGCGACCUCGGUAGCUGUGCAUCGUGCUGACCGCAGCUGAGCAUUAAUCAUGCAGUACCGCGUUGGCAUUGCGAGUGCCUAGGCUGGUGGCGAAGUGCGAGUCAAAUCAGCGUUCGCAGAUGAUCGGGGCAUGGGUCUCCUAUGCGCACCCUAUAUAGAUCCGACAAUCUGCGUCCCCGCCGACAAUGUGCUAUGUUGCGAUCUCUCCUCGCACGAUCCUCUCCACCUAAUGCCGCCAUCCUCCCAUCGUCGCGGCGCUCGACCUUGACGGCAUGUUCAUCGUCAUCCAACACUUCCGGCAUGCGCAAGAGCCUUCACAUCCUUCAGGUGACUAAGCGACACGAACGAGCCCUGGCUGUGCCGCCUUCCCUCAAAAUUGCCCAUUCUCAUGCCAGGACAUUCCACAGUACUCCACGGCGAAGCAUUCCGGGUUGCUUUGUUGUUCUAAAGACCUCCGCCGCUAUCGCAACUGUUGAGACUGCUGUAAAGGUGUCUCUGACAUUCCUCCCCGUCCUUCAGAUGGUGCGAUUUCGGAGCAAGAAAAUACUUUACAUGGUCGAUCGUAAGAUUCAAGCGGGCCGCACCGAUCUCCUCGAAAAGAGAGAAAGAAUCGCCCAAAGAAUGGCACAAUCCAAGAAGCUCUUUCGUUUUCUUUUGUAUAUCCCCGCCGUCCUUGUCUCCAUGAUGGUGAUCGCCAGCCUUGAAAGGACACCUAUUACCGGAAGAUUGAGGCUCAUCCUCCUGUCUCCGGAAGAAGAGGACGAGAUAGCCGCCAAGCUCGCCGGCGUGGGCUGGUACCAAGCCGUCGGUGAGAUCCUCUCGCAAGCCGGUAGACCGCAGCUUGUCCCUCCGUCUGACUGGCGCUACCUCUGGGUCCAGGACACCCUUCGCCGGCUCGAAUCCAUCAUCCCUAUCCUCCAGCACGAGGAUGAGAUCCUACCGGAUUGGAUGGAGGUGACUCUCGACGGCGUCCCACAACCACCGCCGUCCGAGUACCCGCUGCGCCCGCGCCCGAAGGCAUCUGAGUACUUCAAGCGCUUCGCAGACGUCGCAUGCGCCCGCGAGGCUCAUCCUACAUCGCAUGAAUUCACGGGCCCGCCGUAUUCGCUGAUUGUCAUCGAACGACCGGAGUUCUGCAACGCCUUCUCGUACGGUUUUGGGCCAGAUGGAGCGGGUGGCAUUGUGGUCUUCUCGGGAUUCUUGGAUGAGAUACUGGCGAAGCAUUCAUCUGCGCCGGUACAAUCUCCUCAUGAGGAACAUCACGAGGAUAAUUCGUGGUGGUCCUCAUUUCUCGGCAGUUUCUUGUCUCUCUCUCCUCCGCCACCUGCACAUCCCAUGCCUACAGAAGAACAGACCUCCGAGCUCGCCAUUCUCCUCGCGCACGAGCUCGCUCACCUUAUCCUAGCACAUCAUCUCGAGACGCUCUCAUCGGGCUCGAUAUUCGCGCCAGGACUCAUGUCAAUCCUCGCGGACGUCGUCCGCACUCUCGUAUUCCCCAUCACCAUGCUAUUUGGCCCAUUCAUCAACGACGCCCUCGCCAGCGUCGGCAAAGCGAGCUCUGGCGAGUUCGCGCGCCUGUCAGAAGCCUGCACCAACCAAGUGCAAGAGAUCGAGGCGGACGUCGUCUCUGCACGGCUGCUUGCGCACGCCGGCUUUGACCCGCGGCACGCAGUGCAGUUCUGGGAGAACCGCCACGAGAUGCCGCAGGGCUCUGACUGCUCGCCUGGCGGCAUCGAGCAGCAGGAGGCGCAGAACGAGACGCUCCAGCGCGGCUGGGCGGGGUCGUCGCACCCUGUGAAUGUGGAGCGGCUGAAGCGGCUCAAGGAGGAGCUGGACAGAUGGGAAGAUGCGCGGCGCAAGGCGAGGGAGAAGCGCCGGGUGAUGAAUGAGCAGAAGAAGGCUAGCGAGCAUGUUGUUUCGUAGGGACGUUCAUGUAGCGACCCAUUGGUUGUGUUUUCUCCACCACUCAUAGCUCUGUUUUGUAUUAGAAUAGUCGUACACUCCAGGAUCAGUCUAUUUAAUCUAACAUAUGGUAUCCAGCUAAUCUCUCGAGCCAUAUGCCUACGUGAUAGGGUCACAAACACAUAUAUCUCGACCUGCUACGACCCUGCAUGUGUUAGCUGGUAUGAGAUCGUGGUCAUUGGUCGUGUAGCGAAUUCCCACAAUAUCGAGAUCAGGCUCCAACAUCAUUAUAGGGAAGGGAUGCACGGAGGGAUACUCCCAGCUUCAUUAGCACAAUCUAUACAGAGU